AUGGCAAACGAACAAUUCCGACUCACUUCCUUGAGCUCCUUAGCUCAGCGGAUUGGCAACUCGAAGCAACCAACCAAAUAUACACCGCAAUCAGAGAGACCCGAGAAGAGACAAUCAAAUUCUGGGUCUAUGUUGGGGACCUCAUCGAAUACAUCAGGCCAUACUGGCCAAAGAGAAUUACUUAUCGGGAAUACCGGUACCUCUCAGUCGAAGACUGGCAAUAUGAAUUCGACUCAACCACCAAUUUCGUCCAGAUUAGGAAAAAAGGGCAAAGAGCCAUUGCCCUCUGGAUUCCCUAUAACGAAAUCAAAGGCUGGGGAACACUCCAGGAAGGUCAGGAGUAUAUCUACCCCCUCCGAGCCACCAUCUAUAACCAAAAAGUCAUCCAAGGCUUCGACGAGUAUCAACAAUACCAACAAGCCAGAGAUGGGAGGAUUAACACCACUAAUGGCGAAAACAUUGAAGAGGAAGGGACAGAUUGCUGGCAAGCGAUUACCAAGCAUCCAGCACGCCACCGAUGCAACCCGUGUGACACAAGAAGUUGUUACACCCUCUACAGUGACACAGAACCUGAGUGGCAAGAGGAUGACUAUUUCGACGAAAUCCUCGACUGUCAAACCGAGACAGAAACCACAAUCUCGAUUACCUCCCUCCUCGAGGACUACUAUAGACCAGGGGAAGACAGAACAGGCCCCCAAACCAAAGAAACGCAAGAAGAGGGCCUCCAACUCUACCCCAAUACCACCAAUGAGCCAAAACAACAACGAAAUAGGUGGUACAACCAAAAAUCGCCCUAUGAAAGGCUUGGAGAGUACAUUUACGAUGACGAAAACGGGUGGGAUUUUAGAACCUAUGAUCAAAGGCGUAGAGGAACCGAAAUCCCUGAAGAGGAAGUCUUCUGGGCUGCUCCAGAAAAUAGAAAAGAAGAGGCCGAGAAAUACAAAAGGAGACGUCAGUACGAAGCCGAGUGGUACGAGGAACAAAGCAGACAACUCAGGGGAUACAGUCCCUUCGAAAAUGGGGAGCCCGAUUAUUACCCCCCAUAUCUUGAUAACCAGCCCUACUCCCCCGAAUACUGCCCUAAUUCCCCAAGCUAUGAUGGACCCUCCGGUUACCAAAUUACCGGAAACUAUGUCCCCGACAAUGUUAGGCUCUUUAACAAGCGAGAGCUUACAGCAGAACCCUGGUGGACGUAUUGAAGACGAAAUAGAUUUCGACUCUUGGUGGGAUGAGAAUUUUCUGACAUUAGAAAUGCCAGAGACAAGCGAAUUAUCCACAGUCGAAAAAGCGGUGGAGAAAGGAAAUAACGGAGUGGCUACGGAAGAAGAAAAGCCACCGACGGUUGCCGAGACUGUUACGCCGGUCGUAACAACGGAAAAUAAUAUAGUAGAAGGAGAAGAGAUUUUAG